AUGGCUGCGGCUCACAACUUCGACGUUCCGGCUGGGAACACUGUCCGUGUGCGGAUUAUCGACACGACCUCGCGGAUUGAAAAGGUCCCAAGCACCUUUUUGAUGGAGCCAAUCAUACCGGGAUUUACUCACAUGCCCAAAUUGCCAUCAUGGUCUUUCUUAGUCGAGCACGCCUCGGGCAAGAAGGCACUCUUUGACCUGGGCGUGCCCCCUACCUGGAAGGAUUUCUCCCCGGUCACCACCAGUCACACGAUCGCCGCUGGUUGGAAUGUGACUGCUGAGAAGCACACGGUCCAGAUCCUGGAGGAGACGGGCAUCAAAGGUGAGGAGAUUAAUAGCAUCAUUUGGAGCCACUGGCAUUGGGAUCAUUUGGGAGACCCUUCUACAUUCCCUCCCAGCACGGAACUGGUCGUGGGGCCAGGGUUCAAAGAGGCCUUCUUCCCCGGCUACCCUGCUAAGAUCGACGCGCCAGUCAGGGAGAGCGAUUUCGCGGGCCGAGAAGUUCGCGAGAUUGAUUUUACAGCCUCGAAGCUGAAAAUCGAAAAGUUUGACGCCUUUGACUUCUUUGGAGACGGAUCGUUUUAUCUACUCGAUACUCCUGGACAUGCCAUUGGGCAUCUUUGUGGUCUGGCCCGAACGUCGUCGAACCCUGAUACCUUCAUCAUGAUGGGCGGUGACCUUUGUCACCACAGUGGCGAGCUCCGUCCUUCGCCCCUUCUGCCUCUUCCCCAGGAUAGUCAACUUCAAACCAUUCUCCAAGGAAUAAUGCCCCAUGUGCCCGCUUGCCCUGGGGCGGUCCUGGAGCAUGUGCAGCAUUCUCGGGGUCGAAAGCUCGACGAACCAUUCUUUAUCCCGGCAAUGGGACUCCACAUACCGACGGCAAUUGAGAGUAUCAAGAAGGCUCAAGAGGCUGACGCCGAUUCCAAUGUGUGGUUCAUCUUCGCACACGACGACAGCCUGUGGGGCUUGAUAGACUUUUUCCCGGCAGACGUGAAUAGGUGGAAGGAAAAGGGAUGGGGCGCCAAAACCAAGUGGUCGUUCCUCAAGGAUUUCCGUCCCGCAUUGGAGGCUGAGGCCGAGACGAAGUCGUAA